AUGCUCAAAGAGAUCCGGUCGGUGCGGGUCGAGGGGUCAGUCCACGCGAAGGCUGGAUUAACAACCCCCUCGAACCACCCCCUGUCACUCCGCGCCCGACGAGAUAAACACGCUGUCCGCUUGAGAAGAAAACGAGCUACUAAUGAACAGAGCGGCGUGUACGGAUGGCCGCGCAGGCACCGCUCUGCGGCCAUCGGCGGCCUUGUUCCAACGCAUCAAGAUCCCAUUUUGCUCGGAAAGUUGGUUAAGCUCCACGGGUCGGCCGAUGCGACGUCAAUAAAGAUUAAGCGGAUUCCCAGAGUCGGGUUACGCGUCUUGGACAGGGAGACGGACAGAAAUCCAGUCGCUGACGUG